UUGCAGCUGAUCAGAACGAUUCUCGUACGUUGUUUAUCGCUGAUGAUCAACUUCUACUCUGUCAUCCCCCACUUGAACGUGUCCCUUACUUUUGCUUUUUUGUUUUCUUCAAUUCCGGUGGCUAACCUGUCCUUUUCUUGAGACAAACGCGCGCACAUGGCCGGCCUCAUUGGACUUUCAUAAAGCAGUGCCCAUUGGCAAUUGCCCUUCCGCUUUAUGCAAAGCUCAUCUUCCUUAAUUCUACGAUCCCAACACCUCUCAUCACUACUUCAACAGCGGGUUUCAGCAUUAAUCACUUGAUUCACCAUCAACAAAUGGCGGAGUCAGUUCUCUUCGACACUGCUGCCACUAUUAUUAAGAAUUCGGCCUCUCUUGCUCUUCAAGAGAUUGGACUACUCUGUGAUUUCAAAGAUGAGCUUAAAAAGCUCGGGAAAACGGUUUCCACCAUCCAAGCUGUGCUUCUGGAUGCGGAGGAGCAACAGGCCCACAACCGUGCGGUCAAAGAUUGGCUGGGGAAGCUCAAGGAUGUCAUGUACGAAGCCGACGACUUGCUGGAUGACUACUCCACUGAACUUCUACGGCGACAAGUCAUGGCAGGGGAUAACAAGGCAAAACAGGCACGCAUAUUCUUUUCCAAAUCGAACCAACUUGUUUAUGGCCUUAAAAUGGGUCAUAGGAUCAAGGUAGUUAGAGCAAAACUGAAUGAAAUAGCAGAAGAUAAGAAGAGCUUUAGCUUUACGGAGCACACACAGCUUGAGCAUAGGAGGAGAGAAGAUACACACUCUUUUGUACCUGACGAAGAAGUCAUUGGGAGAGAGGAUGAAAAGAAGGUUGUUAAAGCGUUGUUAUUCGAUUCCAAUGUGAAAGAGAAUGUUUCCAUCAUUCCUAUAGUUGGGAUUGGUGGACAAGGAAAGACUGCGCUUGCUCAGUAUGUGUACAAUGACGAGGAGGUCCAAAGACAUUUUGAUCUGAGGUUGUGGACAUGCGUCUCUGAUCCUUUUGACAUAAAAACUAUUGUUCAAAAGCUCAUAGAAUCUGCAACUAAGGACAAACCUAAAAGUCUUGAGAUAGAUCCGUUGCAAAGUUUGUUUCGAGAAACAAUUGAUGGGAAGCGAUACUUACUUGUUUUAGACGAUGUAUGGAAUGCGAAUUCUAAUAAAUGGUCCGACUUGAAAAAUCUAUUGGUGGGUGGCCUGAAGGGAAGCAAAGUUUUGAUUACCACACGGAAUGAAAAAGUUGCAGACAUUACACGCACAACUUCACCGUAUUUUUUGGAAGGUCUAUCUGAAAGUAGUUCUUGGGAUUUAUUCAAGAAAAUAGCAUUUAAAGAUGUGGAAGAGCCAAAGAAUCCAAGGUUAGUAGAAAUUGGAAAGGAGAUCGUAAAAAAGUGUGCACGAGUUCCUCUUGCUAUAAGGAGCAUAGGGAGUCUAUUACAUUUCAAAAAUUCGGAGGCUGAAUGGUUGAAGUUUCAAACCAAUAAACUUUACGAAAUAACUCAACAAGAUAAUGAUAUUUUACCAAUACUUAAGUUGAGUUAUGAUCAUCUCCCGCCACACUUGAAGCAAUGUUUUGUUUUUUGUUCGUUGUUUCCAAAAGAUUAUGAAAUUAAAGUGAAAGUGUUGAUUCAGUUAUGGACAGCACAAUGCUUUAUUCAUUCGUCAGAUAGAACGAUAUGUCUUGAAGAUGUUGGUCAUGAGUAUUUUAUGAAUUUGCUUUGGAGGUCGUUUUUCCAAGACAUAAAAAGAAAUAAAUAUGGAGAUAUAGAAAGUUGCAAAAUGCAUGACCUUAUACAUGAUCUUGCACAAUCUGUAGCAGGGGAUGAGUGCUUAAUUUCAAAUCCAGAUGCAGUAAAAGUAGUUGAAAGAACUCGCCACGUGACAUUCGAUUCAUUAAAUUCAUUAUGGGAUAUUCCAGCUCCCUUGGUUGAGGCAGACAGACUGAGAACCCUUCUUCUGCAACCUCCUGGAAAAGGAUUCCUUUUGCCGGUACUUGAGGGGAAUAAGCGAGUCUAUGAUACACUUGUUUCAAGUUUUAAAUGCUUGCGUGCUUUGAAUUUGAGUCACUCGAAUAUUCAAGAAGUGCCGAAUUCCAUUGGCAAGUUAAAGCAUCUAAGAUAUCUUGAUCUUUCUUGGAAUAGUAAUAUCAAACUACUCCCCGCUUCUAUAACUAAAUUGCAGAAUUUGCAAACACUAAUACUCGAGUUUUGUGGUGGGCUUAAGGAAUUGCCGGAAGACACUAGAAACUUGAUCAGCCUUAGGCAUCUUGUGCUUGAUGGGUGUAGGAGCUUGACUCAUAUGCCGCAUGGACUGGGAAAGUUGACUGCUCUCCAAACACUGUCGUAUUACAUUUUAGGGAAGAAGGAAAGUUCUGUUCCAAAGCAAAAGUGGGGGCUAGGCGAUCUGGAUGGUUUAGAUGAGUUGAGAGGAAGCUUAUGUAUUAUGGGUUUAAAGCACUUGAGAUCUUCUCCAUUGGAAGCCAGGGCUGCAAACUUGGAGAGGAAACAAUACCUUCGAAUAUUGGAAUUAAAGUGGCACUAUUAUUUUGACGCUGAUUAUGAUGAUAAUAAUGAUGAUAGUGAUGAUAAGGCAAUUGUAAAUGAUGAACAACUGUUGCAAAACCUUCGGCCACACCUAAAUUUGAAAGAAUUAAUGAUAAAAGGGUAUGCAGGCGUGAGGUUUUCCGACUGGGCGUCCUCGCUCUCGAAUUUGGUUAAAAUUAGCAUAAGCUGUUGUAAAUGGUGCCAACAUAUCCCACCAUUGGACCGAUUCCCUUUUCUCGAGGUUCUUUCUCUUCAUAACUUGAGUUCGCUGGAGUACAUAAGCAAUGAUGCCAGUGAAGGGUCAUCUUCUUCCCUCCUAAGUCUCUCGCUUGUGGCAUUGCCUAAGCUGAGGGGAUGGUGGAGGAUGAGGGAAGCAGUAACAACAGAGCAUGAGCAAAAUUAUAAUCUUCCAUUAUUCCCAUCAUUUCCAACUCUUUCUUCCUUAUUUAUCCAAGGUUGCCCUAUAAGGUCCAUAAUGGCAGACGUAGCACCAGGGAGCCAAACAACACCCUCCCCUUCCUCUCUCUUUUCCACUCUCUCCAAAUUGAAGUAUCUUAGCCUUUCUUUUUUAGUGGAACUUGAAUAUCUGCCAGAGGAGUGGCUGCAAAACCUAACUUCUCUUAAGCUUCUGAGUAUUUCGUACUGUUUUGAACUACAAAUAUCCAUGUCUCCACUCUUUCAACAUCUCGCCGCGCUUGAAUAUAUGAAGAUUGAUAAGUGCAAAGAACUUAUCAGCAAUGAGGAUGAAGAGGGCGCGCAAUGCCUUGGACCUACAAUACUUCGUCAUCUACAAAUAAAAGAAGUUACAAACUUGGUGUCUCUCCCAAAGGCGCUUAGGCAUGCUACCGCUCUGCAAUUGCUUAACAUUGAGAAAUGCCCUAGUUUGGAGUCUUUACCAGAGUGGAUAGCCGACCUCACUUCUCUUCAACGACUUCAGAUCUACAAAUGUGACAAUUUAAUAUCACUGCCUGAAGGGAUGCAUUGCCUCACCUCCCUGCGUCAUUUGACAAUUGCGAGGUGCCCUCGCUUGGAGGAAAGAUGUAAAGAAGAAAUAGGAGAGGAUUGGCCAAAAAUUGCUCACAUCCCAAACUUUUCGAAUAAGUGGGAACCAAUAUUCUUCAGGUUUUGAGAAUAAGGAGCUAAUAUUCUGCAAUGGCUUGAAGAAAAGAUGUGAAGAAGGAAAAGGCGAGGAUCUGCCAACAAUUGCUUGCUACCAAUUAUUCUUCAGAACAAACUGUAGCAUGGAACAAACAAGGGUUUAAGAAUAGACACAUUUUCAGACCUGGCCGAAAAUCUGAUUUGCACAAAGCUCUCAAAUUUCCAAGAGACAUGCAUAGAAAAGCAUCCAUUCAUGAUAUGGGUGUGAGAAUCAUUGGGUUAUUUUUGCAAUAUGCUCGGAUAUGUCAGCCUCACUUGUAGACAAAACAAUGGACACUAUACAGAGCACUUCCAUGAUGAGGAAGUUCGGGUUCUUCCUUUUGCUUGAAAGCAUUUUAAUCCCAAAAGACAGUGAUAAUGCUUGUUUGUCUUCAAGUGAAAUUGGUUGUUGUGCUUCAAGGGUACUGACUGGAACUGAAGAUUGUGUUAGCCAACCACUCUAUUUAUGUGUCUCUUGUUAGUGCAGUGCUUUUGUUAGUGCUGCCUUUGCAUAUGGUUUUUGCAAUUUAUAUUCAUGGUUUUGUAAUAUCUAAGUAUGCUUUUAUAAAAUUCAGUGUGUUGAAGAUUCAGAUUGUUAAUAUUUUUUAAUGUGUUACAAAUUUAAAAUAUUAGGCACUGAUGCCUAUGGAAGCCUGGAUCAUAGUGAUCUCACUUCCAAGUCUGGAUGGAAUGAUAUACUUAGGAUGAACUGGAAAACAAGCUUGAAUCUGAAAUAAGAAGAGUUUUCAAGAUUCAACUCUUGAUCCGAUAAGAAAAGCAUAUCUUAUUCAAAACCUUAUGAACAGUUCAGUUUAUGGUGUGACACUUUUAUGAAUCUUAUUCCAACUAUUUAAAUUAAUAUGAUUUUGUAAAUAUUCUGAUAUAUAAAUGGGUAUGGUUAGUCAGUGAAUAGCGUCUCAAUAGAAGUUACUUCAGGUCACAACUAGUGAAAGUUCAAAUUAUGAAGAUUUACUUGAAUUUUCUCCAUUAAUUAUUUCAUGGUUUGGAGAAAUUGCAAACUCUGUGCAGCUUGCUGUGGCAUGUUAUUUACAUGCAGAUUCUGCUAGUACAUUUAAUGGAUAUGAAAGCUACGGCUGAAAUAUUGUGUAUGCAGUGCUUGAAAAUUCAGCCUGUUGGGCCAGUUUGCUCAAUUCCUUCCUGUGGUAGACUAUCGAUAGCAGUGUACUAUUGCAGUAUUUGAAACAAUUUGGAUGAUAAAAGUGUUUAAUAGACUGCAAAUUAUCAGAUCUAUAAUUUGACAAUGUAGGAGAUUUGUUGGAGCCAACUGAAAGUUGUGCAGCUGUGUACUGUGAGUCCAUUUUAUGGUAGGUGGCCUGGACAAUUGGCGACUUUAUCCAUGUGAUCAAUAUGAACAAAGAUGUAACUGAUGCAAUUCAGAAGGUUGCUGCUGCUUAUGACUGCAAAAUUGUUGAAGGUGUUCUUCGCCAUCAGCUGAAGCAGUUUGUGAUAGAUGGUAACAAGGUUGUAUUGAGUGUAUCUGAUCCAGAAACAAGAGUUGAAGAUGCAGAAUUUGAGGAGAAUGAAGUUUAUGCUGUUGAUAUUGUAACAAGCACAAGUGAAGGCAAGGACUUGAGGACGAAGACGACAAUUGGUUUGGGUAAACAACGAGACAGACUUUAUUACUUGGUUGCGUUAGCCUCAGAGAAGCCACAACAUCCAUCCGCAGCAACCAUUUCUUGCCAUUCACCCAGUUCUCAGGUCACCUCCUCCACCGCCUUGUGGCAUCAACGUUUGGGCCAUUUGUCUUCCUCUAGAUUAGAUUUUAUGGCAAAAAAAUUGUUGAAUUUCUCUUUCCAGUCUAAUAAUGCUUGUGCUGUUUGUGCACUUGCAAAACAAAGUAGACUUCCAUUUUCUGUUAGUUCUAUUUCAUCUAUUAGACCUUUUGAAUUGAUUCAUUGUGACAUUUGGGGAACCUAUAAAAUUGCUUCUUUUUUUGGUGCAAAAUAUUUUUUGACUAUUGUGGAUGAUUAUUCUAGAUUCACAUGGGUUUUUUUUUAUGCAUCACAAAAGUGAAACACAACAUUUGCUUUCCAAUUUUUUCUCAUUUGUUCACACCCAAUUCCAUGUUUCUAUAGCCAAUAUUCGGGUUGAUAAUGGUGGCGAAUUCUUUUCUAUGCGGGAUUUUUUUAAACAAAACGGGACCACUUAUCAACAUUCUUGUGUCUAUACCCCUCAACAAAAUAGGGUUGUAGAGCGCAAGCACCGCCAUAUUCUUGAGUCAGCUCAUGCCUUUCGUUUUCAAGCCCACCUUUCUUUACUUUUUUGGGCAGAAUGUGUUUCUACUGCCGUUCAUAUUAUCAACCGUUUGCCCACACCACUCAUUUCUCAUAAAACCCCUUUUGAACGGCUUUAUGGCAAGCUCCCUUCUUAUUCCCACCUUCAAGUUUUUGGGUGUCUUGCAUAUGCUACUAUUGUGCACGUCCCCCAUAAAUUCGCCCCUCGCGCCAAGCGUUGUAUUUUUCUUGGCUAUCCAGUUGGUCAAAAAGCUUACAAACUCUAUGACCUUACAACCCAUCAAAUGUUCACUAGCCGGGAUGUUGUUUUUCUUGAAACCAUUUUUCCCUAUGAGUCAAUUCCUUCCACUUUCUCAAAAUCAACCCCUGUCCUUCCUCUCCCUGUUUCUGAUCACUAUCCGGAUCCUCCUCCCAUCCAACCUCCCUCACCCCCGGAUACAAUUUCUUCUCAGCCACCGCUUGCUGGUCCUCCUCCCGAUCCCACUUUACGUCGUUCUCAUCACUCUCAUAACCCUCCCACAGCUUUACGUGAUUAUGUCUGCAACCAAGUGACGUCUCCCAACCAUUUGCCGCCUUUGUCAUCAAGUCCACAACAAGGUACGCGAUACCACUUUGCAAUUUUGUAUCUUAUCAUCGUUAUUCACCACAACAUUACUCCUUUACUGCUACUGUCAGUCAAGAUAUUGACCCUCAAUCUUACACCGAAGCAGCUGCUCAUUCCCAUUGGCAAGAAGCAAUGCACUCUGAAUUGGCUGCUUUGGAAGCCAACAACACUUGGUCUCUCACUCCUCUUCCUCCUGGAAAGACACCUAUUGGUUGUCGUUGGGUUUAUAAAAUCAAAAGGCACUCGGAUGGCACUAUUGACCGUUUCAAAGCUCGUUUGGUUGCGAAAGGUUACACCCAGCUUGAAGGUAUAGAUUACCAUGACACUUUUUCUCCCAUUGCUAAAAUGAUUACUGUUCAUUGCUUAUUGGCUUUAGCAGCUGCCCAAAAUUGGUCUCUUCACCAACUUGAUGUCCACAAUGCAUUUCUCCAUGGUGAUCUCCAAGAAGAAAUUUAUAUAUCCCCACCUCCUGGUCUUCGGCGACAGGGGGAGAAUCUAGUAUGUCGCCUUCACAAGUCGUUAUAUGGCUUAAAGCAAGCUUCUCGACAAUGGUUUGCCAAAUUCUCUACAACUAUCCAAGCUGCUGGAUUUGUUUAAUCCAAAGCAGAUUACUCGUUAUUCACAUGUCGGAAAGGCAAAUCUUUUACAGCUUUGUUGAUAUAUGUUGAUGACAUUCUCAUUACGGGUAACGAUGACAAUGCCAUAUUAACUCUCAAGCAAUUUCUGCAUAGCCGUUUUCGGAUUAAAGAUUUGGGUAAUUUGAAGUAUUUUCUCGGCAUUGAAGUUUCUCGAUCAAAGAAAGGUAUUUCCAUCUCGCAAUGAAAAUAUACUUUGGAAAUUCUAAAAGAUGGUGGACUCUUGGGUUCUAAACCCGUGAACUUUCCCAUGGAGCAAAACAUAAAACUCUCGGAUUCAGGUGAAUUGCUUAAAGAUCCAUCUCAAUAUAGGCGACUUGUUGGACGCCUAAUUUAUUUGACUAUUACCCGACCAAAUAUCACCUAUUCGGUCCAUGUGCUAAGCAGAUUCAUGCAUGCACCACGCAAACCACACAUGGAAGCUGCCUUGCGUGUGUUGCGUUUUUUGAAAAGCAGUCCAGGACAAGGUUUGUUUUUCCCUUCUCAGAAUAAUUUAUCCUUGCGAGCCUUUUCUGAUUCAGACUGGGCUAGUUGUCCAAUAUCUCGUAGAUCCACUACGGGUUAUUGCCUUUUUUGGGGAUCUUCUCUUAUUUCCUGGCGGACAAAAAGGCAAAAAACCGUAUCUCUCUCUUCAGCAGAAGCCGAGUACAGAGCCAUGACAGGAGCUGCAGCCCACAAAGACAAAAGAUCAUCCUGAAAUCAAGGCCUGGUUUAUGUAAUGGAAUUGGUGGUGGAGAGAAGAAGAAAGGUAAAAAGGGUGACAAAGCUGAGUCGUCAACAGAAUCUGAGCCUAUGGAUGCAACAACAAACGGUGCUGCUUCUCAUCCCAAGACUGAGUCUUUUUUUAUUUUUUUGUCAACCCCCGUGUGAAUUUUGGUACUUUGUUCAACCUUGGUACUACUAUGAUAGCAAUAGUGUAAUUAAAGUUGAUUCCAGUUCCAACUGUAAAUCAUCAAACUUGUUAGGGCUUUGGCUUUCACUUGCUCUUAUUGGAUGUGUACCUUUGGCGGCAGCACCAUCUAUACAUGGCCUUGUAAAGUAAAAUUCCAUUAAAAAUGGUGAAUUUUCAGUGUAUAUAACCAAAACUAGUGAUCAUCCUCCUUUUUCUUUUUUUCCCCAUAAUUACUGGGUUGUUGCAUUUUUGUUCCUUAAGGAGGAUUUUGAAGUUAAAACUUUAGAUUAUUAUAUCGUAUAAUUUUUAUACUAAUAUGCCCAUAUUUCUUCGGCA